CUGGGCCAGGGGAUGAGUGUGGUUAUUGCAGGCACACAUUUGGUGGCUGCAUAUUCGCAGCUGAGAACAACUGGAUCUUGUUCACACUCAGCCAGAGGAAGAUUCCUGGACUACUGAGAAUAAGCAAGCCUCAAAGGCUGGACACCGCUAUAUGUCACGAAUAUGAAUGUAAAUUGGUACAGUUUGUCUGCGUAACAGUGUGGGUCCAGGACAGCAGGACUCUGACUCGGCUUGGAGGAAGCUGGCCAGAGGGUGAAGCCACACCUCCUUCCAGCCUGACACAGACGAGGAGCUGAAGGAAAGACUCUGAGACCCCGUGGCUGCCACCAUGAGCUCAGGAAACCUCGGGGACCGCUCAGAUAUUGAGGAAUUUUUUGAGGAUGUCAUUGAGUGUCUCUGGAACAUAAUGAGCAGAGAAGAACUGCUCCACUUGCUGACCAAAGUCCUGAGGAGAAUUGAGGCCGAGGGCAGUUUGUGCAGGGAAAAUGUAGAUGCAGGACAUGAAUAUCUGAGGAAACUGAAAACAGACUUGAACAUGAAGGACCAAGAAAUGCUCCCAAAAGACCAGCUGGACAGGAAGAGGUUUUUGAACAAGUGUCCUCAGGUGAAACAGGAGCUGGAGGAGCAGAUAGGAAAGCUCCAGGCAUUUGCAGACAAGGUUGACAAGGUGCACAAGGACUGCACCAUCUGCAACAUGGCAGCCGCCUCCAUCGGCGCUGUGUCUGGAAUCCUGACCAUCCUUGGCCUGGUUCUGGCACCUGUGAAAGCUGGGGUCAGUCUGCCACUAUUGGCCACUGCGUUAGGGCUGCGAAUUGCAUCUGCUGUGAUCAGGGUGUCCACCAGCAUUGUGGAACUAUUCAGCACGUCGAGAGCAGAAACCAAAGCCAGGUGCCUGAUGUCACCUGGCAUUGACAAAUGGAAGAUGCUUCUGGAGGUUCUUAAGAGCAACCCCCAAAUUGUUGACACAACAAACAAAUUCACAGAAGCCAUGGAUCGUGUUAAAAUGAACAUCCAGGCCAUGGAGAUGGUCACAGACAGCUCUGGCUUACCAGCCAAUAUGAACAUCAGCAGCAGUGAGACAAUUGCAAUGCCAGGUACCCAGCAGGCACAAGGAGCUUUAAAAGGCCCGGCUCUGACAUUGACCAAAGUCCCGAUCAUGUUUAUAGCCAGUUUAGUUUUUGCCAUUCUGGUGGAUGUGGGCUCCCUGGUGAAAGAGGCAAUGCACUUGCAUGAAGGGGCAAAAGCAGAGUUGGCGGAUAGGCUGAGGCAGCAGGCCCAGAAGCUGGAGAGGAAGCUGGUGGAGCUCACCCAGGUUGAUGAGAGUCUGCAGUACAACCUGACUCGGCCACCCCCAGAGCAGUGCAGGGACCAGGGACAUGAGUGGGGCCAAAGAGCAGAGGCACCUUGUGAGAGGGAAAAUGAGGGUGAGAUGAAACUGAUGGAGCUGGGUGUUAGGAAUUUGGUAUUUCUGUAGCUGAGCACAGCAGGGGAGGGAGGGAUGCAGGUUGCAGAUGGGGAGAGAGAAGGAAGGAGCCUGGAGCCUGGACUGAGGGAGGAGAGGGGACUAGAGAGUGAGGGGAGGGGAGAAACCACUUGUUUUGGACUAAAGAAGACACUGGGGGCAGAAUAAAGGGAGGGGCAGGGGGAACUAUCAAGGAGAGGCCGGGAAUACGAAAGGGUUGCAAAUGGGAGAAAGCUGAAGGGUUAGGAUUGUUGGGAUCUGGGAGAAGUAGUAGGGGCUCCUCUCUCACCCCUCCCCAGGGUUUGAUGUCCCAGCAAGAAGAGAGUCUCCCCCUGGGGGUGGUCUCUAGCCCUACUGUUCCAUGAUCAACUCACCUUUAAUUCAAGCAGGUUUAUCUUAAUUAGGCAGUGACUUCUUUUGUUUGUUUUUUUUAAUUGAAAUAUAGUUGAUUUACAACAUUGUGUUCGUUUCAGGUGUACAGCAAAGUGAUUUGGUUAUAUAUGUGUCUAUGUAUGAGGGUGAAUCAAAAAUUAUCCGCACUCUGACUGCAGAAUUUACAAAAGUUUUAAUAUAACCGGAGUGCAGAUAAUUUUGGACUCACCCUCGUAUCUAUAUGCUUUUUUGACUCUUUUCCAUUAUCGGUUUUUACGAGAUAUUGAAUACUGUUCCCUGUGCUGUAGAGCAUAUCCGUGCUGUUUAUCUAGCUUAUGCCUGGCAGUGUGAGUCUAUUAAUCCCAGACUCCUAAUUUAUCCCCCUCUCCUUUCUUGCUUUGUAACCAUAGCUUGUUUUCUGUGUUUGUGAGUCUGCUUCUGUUUUGCUAAUAAAUUCAUUUGCACUAUUUUUUAG